CGUCCUUUCAUCGACCGACCAGCCGAAACCUCUAGAUUUUUAAAUACGCGAGUGCCUCUCCCGAAUUGAUAAAUAUAAGACUCGUCUACUAAACACUUGGUCAAAAAUUAGCCAGGAAAGCCGAGUCGACAUUGCUACGUGAACAGAGUAUACCGCAACAUGUUGAAUUCAUCAACUCUUCUAUUUCUUCUCGUCGCUGCUGGCAGCGCYAUCGUUCUUAGUGCUCAUCCACUCCAAGAUGAUCAAGAAUGUCCAGUAGGAUUCUGGUGCCGAAGAAAGCGAUCUGCUGAUAAUCAAGACUGUCCUGUCGGAUUCUGGUGCAAGCGAUCCGCUUCGGACGAUGCGGAUGACGCCCCACAAGAAUGUCCCGUUGGAUUUUGGUGCCGUAAGCGACGCAACGUGAUCGAAAAGGAAACCAAACGUGAAAAAUGCCCUGUAGGCUUCUGGUGUAAACGCGAAGAACAACAAUGUCCCGUUGGAUUUUGGUGCAGAAAAAAGCGCUCUACUGACACCAAGAAUUGUCCAUCUGACUUCACUUGCAAUUCCCGCAGAGAUGUACGAUCUAUCAUCCUUGGGAGAUCACAGUGCCCCGAAGGUUUCUGGUGCAGGAGAAGUGAGUAUGUAAUUGACCAAGACACACCACAGCACAUGUGUCCAGAAGGGUUCUGGUGCAGAAAACGAGUCAUUAGUAGCCAACAAGUUAGUGAUCAGAGAAUCCCAAAGAACGGGGCGCGACCACCAAAACGACCUGAUGUGAGCCAAGAUAACUUUAGCUGGCAAUGUCCCGUGGGAUUCUGGUGCUGAAUUCUGUAGUCCUAGGUGAAAAAUUUUGACCCUUGAGGUAUUUACGCUGAAGAGAAUUAAUAGAAUAAAAAAAUCAAAGCCAUACAAAUAAUAUAGGGAUAAAAGAGUACACUUUGUUCAAAAAUUAAUCUAAUUUUGUUGAUAUAACUGUUAUUUUCCCAAGUGAGAAACCGUAUUGUUACUGCAGUGAAACAUAAUGUAAAUGUUCUCAAAUGUGAAUCAAGUGCAAUAAUCGACUACAGAAAUAUUCAAUAAGCUCUUCUCAUUGAUCGAGUAAAAUAAAGAAAUAAUCAAAGGAA